AGUUGUUCAGUGCAUCUCCUCCGAUGGCGCUACACCACUACAUUACCAGUUGCAGCCGACCUUUUGAGAGAUUGUCCAUGUCAUCCCGGUAGCUACCCAGCUGCGUGUAUCCAUACCAAUAUCAAAUGACUCACUGCAUUUCUUUGCUUCCCCAUCUUCGAGACCCAGAAACAACAAAGCCGCCUUGAACGACUCAGUUACUCAGAGCCCGGGUCGAAGGCGCAAUCGCCUAUUUCAAUUUACUGUUCCUUUUUCCUGACAGCACAGACUAUCAGCUGCCGCGCGCCCAGAAUCAGCCCCCGUAUCUUCCACCACCGAACGACAGUGUGUCAAACUGACCCUACUCGGUACUCCGAGUUCUAUCAAUCAAUAUCCUUAUCAACUUGCGCCACCGCCCUGGGGUUUCUGAUCGCGCCAUAGCUCGCCAAACAGAUAAUAUCUGGCCGACACCUUUCUCCAAGUCCUACUCGCGAAUCCACCUUCCGUGGAAUGCUUCUUCAACCCAUCCCUCGCUGGUGUUAUAUAAAUAGAGUCCCCCAGCAUCGACCAAACUCGUGCCGCUCCCUCAGCAACCAUCCCUUCGCUCCCAAUCAGCUCCUGUUCGUCUAAGUCGCCGAUCACAGCCCAGCCACAAUGUGCAGGUUCCUGGUCUACCGGGGAAGUGACGAUAUUCUUCUCUCUAAGCUUAUCCUUGACCCAACUCACUCCAUACUGAAGCAAUCAUUUGAUUCCCGGCUCAGAUUGGAUACCCGGAGAGGCCAGAACAACGCCGAUGGCUUCGGAAUAGGGUUUUAUACCGACCCCAAGCUGGGCCACGCCCCUUGUCUCUUUACCUCGACGAUUCCCGCCUGGAACUGCACCAAUCUCCAGCGCAUUGCCUCCAAGACCGCAUCACAACUCAUCUUCGCCCAUGUCCGGGCCACAACCGAGGGCUCGCUGAGUGAAGACAAUUGCCACCCGUUCUGCCACGGCAGUCUGAUGUGGAUGCACAACGGGGGUCUAGGUGGUUGGAAAUACAUCAAAAGAAGACUUGGGGAGAGGUUGGCCGACAAGUGGUACUUGGGAGUUCAAGGAGGAACAGACAGUGAAUGGGCGUUUGCCCUGUUCCUCGACACACUUGAACGAAUGGGACUUGACCCCAGCUUACAGCCUGCCAAUGGAUUCGGUCCUACAGUGCUGAGAAAGGCUAUGCUCAAGACCAUCGCCACUAUCAACGAAUUGAUUGACGGUAUCCCGGAGAGUACCAUCCAGUCGGAGAGUGUCGAUACUCGAAGCUUGCUCAAUUUCGCCGUUACGGACGGAAAGAGUGUGAUUUGCACACGAUACAUCAGCAGCGCGACGGACGAAGCGGCAAGCCUGUACUACUCAUCCGGAACUGAAUGGGGAACGAGAACAUCGGCUCUCAGCGAUCGAAAUUAUCAGAUGGAGCGCCAAGACAAGGGCGCCGAUAUUGUUCUGGUCGCGAGCGAGCCACUGACCUUUGAAAGAGAGAACUGGGUGAAUGUUCCCACAAACUCGAUUUUGACAAUCCACAACCAGACUGUCAUGGUUCAUCCGAUCAUUGACAAGUACUACGACCGAAGCCCGUACCACGCCAGAUCAAGCGCGUUCGUUCAGACGAAGGGCCUGAUGGCGAAUGAGAAGAUCUCAUCGCUGCUUAGCCCGGCGACAACGUCCCUGCCAAGCCCCGACACUUCGAAGAAGAGUCUUGGUCCGACCAUUCCUUUCGGCGUCUCUCGUAGCCACACACCGGACCCCGGCUUUACGGGCAAGUCGCGUUCACCCAGCCAGCUUCAGGAAGUAGCAACGCCGGCGGACUCAAAAUCAAUCAUUACCAUAUCGAGUGCGCAAACCAUCACACCACGGCCCCCGGUGCAGGGAAAUAUCAAGGUGAAACGGGCUGCGCCAGAGCAGGUGUCUCCCAACGUUGACAGUGACACCGAAUCACUGCUUCCUGAGGACCAAAAUCAGAACAGAACAGAAUUCGGACAUCCUAACAAGCUGUCAAGAUACUUUCCUGAGUUGACCAUGUCCUAGCAGGCGGGACAAAUGGUUGAACCCCCGAUAUUCCCAGUGGCUCCGUAGGGAGUUGAGACCAUUGACGUUUGGAGAGGACUCGAAUCGCGAGUCUUUGGGCUGCGUUCGAGUCUGUCGACUGUACACUAUGAUAGCCGCCAAGGCAUAUUAGCGGGCGUUUCUGUAAAAAAUAGAAUGAAAGAUAAAGCAGACAGAAAAGAGAACCAAGUGUUUGAUAUUGCAC